GUAGUUCUUGUUUUUCUACGCCUGUCAUUAAAGUCACAUAUGUUUUGAGUACUAUGCAGCCUUAAAAAUGUUGUUUAAAUAUAUCCAUAUAUAUAUAAAUAUAUAGUAUAUGUAUCAAAAAAUAAUUUCGUAUAGUAUUGGCUAUAUAAUAAUUGUGUAGUAUUUGUAAUCAAUAGAAUAUUAAGUAGCGUGUUUUAUAACAAUACAAAUGUCUGAUGAACUAUUAAAUAAGGAAAAAGAAUUACAUCGAUUAAAUAAAGAAUUGGAAAUAAAAACGCGUCAUGUUUUGGAAGAAAUUAGAUCUAUUGCAGAUCAACAGAUUCAUAAUAAAUCAUCUAGACAGAAUGAUGUUACACCUCAUACUAAGGAUAUGGGUAUAAAAAAUGUAGAAUAUUCAAUGAUUAUAAAUAAUAAAUUACUUCCAAAUGUCACAACUAAACUAAAUGCUGGUUCGUUACAUACUUUAACAGAAGAAACACCAAAUUUAUUAAAACAAAACGUUGCAAAUUUCCAAAAUCAAAAUGAUGGCAAUAAAGUUAACGACGAGAUUGUUUCAUAUGAAGGAAAUGGUGCAGAGAACAAAGCUGUUAUUAAUUUUCUUAAAACAAAGCUAAAUAUGCUUCAUAAUGAAUAUAAAGUGAUUCAACUUGAAUAUAAAAAUAAGGUAAAUUAUUGCGAGAAAUUGGAAAAUGAAAAUAAAAAGCUUAAUUGCUGCAAGUCAAAAUUACAUAAACAAAUAACAUUAUUGAAAGAAACAAUUACAAAACUUGAAAAUAACAAUUCUAAUUUACAUGAUCAGAAUUUAGCUUUGAAUACUGAAAAUUCAAAUUUGAAAAAGGAUUUAGAAGAACUAAGAAAAGAAAUAAAGACUUUAAAUCAUCAAUUAAAUAACUAUGACUUACGAUUAAAUAGAUCUUUAGAAGAAAAUGAGAAAUUAAAAAGUACUAUUAAAUUUAUUCAUCUUGAAGAAAAAGAAUUACGAGAUCAAAUUAGACAGAUUCGAGAAGAUAAAAGACAAGGAAUAAAACAUUUAGAAAAACAACGUUUAGAAUUACUUCAAGCGUUUAAAAAGCAAUUAUUACUUAUAGAUAAUUUGAAGAAACAAAAUGAAUUUAUAAUAGCAGUAGAGCAUAUGCAUCUUUUGGAAGAAGAUUUUUCUAAGCUCCUAUUAGGGGGCCACCCCAUGGUGACGAUUGAUGAUUUUGAGCGUCAAAUUAGGGCACCAUCCAGCUGAAAUAAAUAAAGUCCGUGUACCGAUACUCGGAAAAUAAUCAUAAAACAUCCAAUGGAUUAUCAACACAUAGCAACAGCUUAAGAACAACGUCAUUUCUUGGAAAAGUCUAAAACCGUGAUACCUACUUGCACAUCAUGUAAUCCUGUUAAGAAUCUCAAUUUUCGAGAAAACUUUUAAAGUAUUCUUUUUUUUUUUAACUUAGUAAGUCUUUUUUUUGUACCUGUUCAAAGACAAUCGUUCUUAACGAGUAAACUCCUUUAAUAAAUAAUUAAAACAAAU